AUGGCCGCGUCGUCAAAGAGGAAGGUGACGUAUUUCCACGAUGCCGACACGAUGGGCUCCUACUACUACGGCCCGGGCCAUCCGAUGAAGCCGCACCGGCUGGCGAUGACGCAUAACCUCAUCCUCUCGUACCACCUCUACCGGAAGAUGGAGGUGUGCCGGCCGCACCUCGCCACCGACGAGGAGAUGCUCCAGUUCCACGCCGCGGAGUACGUCGACUUUCUGCGGCGAGUGACGCCGGACAACCAGCCCGACUUCUCGAAGCAGCUGCAGCGCUUCACCGUCGGCGACGACUGCCCCGUCUUUGACGGCCUGUACGACUACUGCCGCCUGUACACGGGAGGCUCGAUCGACGGCGCGAUGCGCCUCAACGCUGGCACUGCCGACGUCGCGAUCAACUGGGCGGGCGGGCUGCACCACGCGAAGCGAUCCGAGGCGUCCGGCUUCUGCUACGUCAACGACAUCGUGCUCGCGAUCCUGCAGCUGCUCAAGGUGCACGCUCGCGUGCUCUACCUGGACAUCGACAUCCACCACGGCGACGGCGUCGAGGAGGCCUUCUUCACGACGGACCGCGUGAUGACCGUCUCCUUUCACAAGUACGGCGACUUCUUCUUCCCCGGCACCGGCGACGUCAAGGACGUCGGCAUCAGGGCGGGCAAGUACUAC